AGACUAUCAACCACCCCGUCGAGGCGCUGCGACCGACGGCACACAAUGACCAAACGCGGCGCCUCAGAUGAGGCAGCGGGUGCCUCCCCGUCCAAGCGGCAGCACAUGGAAGACUUUGACGACACCGACGGCGGCGGCGGCGGCGACGACGACGACUUCGUCUCCCCGCACACGCCGGCCAGCUCCUCAGCCGAUGCCUCAUCGCCUGCCACGACGGCCACCACCACACCGCGAACCAAAUUCCCGUCCGACCUCAAGACCUUGGCGUGCACCUGGCCCGGGUGUCCCAAGACCUUCAACCGCCCCGCCCGCCUCCGAGACCACCUAAACUCGCACACCAACUCGCGGCCCUUCAAGUGUCCAUAUGACGGCUGCGACAAGGACUACAUCGAGGACAAGCACCUGAAGCAGCACAUCAAGGCCUGGCACACGCAGGAGCGCAAGUAUGUCUGCCAGCGGGAAGGCUGCGGCAAGAGCUUCGUCACGGGCACGCGCCUGCGUCGCCAUCAGGCUGUCCACGAGGGCGCCGAUCGCUUCCGCUGCACCGACUGCGGCCAGAGCUUCCGCAAGAAGGAGACGCUGCACAAGCACGUUCGCAAGGACCACCUCAACCAGCCCGCCUUCGAAUGCCCCGAGCCCGGAUGCGACCAGGCCUUCCCCUCGAAGCCGUCCCUCAAGCGACACCGCGACAAGGUGCACGGGGACAUCAAGUUCUGGUGCCACGAGUGCGCCCUCAAUACAAGUCCGGAUGGGUCCGAGGCACAGCGUGUCGGCUUCACGACGGAGCUGCUCCUGCAGCAGCACGUGAAGCUGGAACACCAAAAUUGCAUCUUUUGCGAGUACAAAUCGAGCUCACGCUGGGAGCUCGAGCAGCACGUCGAGAUGCGCCACUCGGGCAAGACGGUCGCGGACCGCAAGACGCACGCCUGCACCCACGAAGGAUGCGGCAAGAAGUUCACCAAAAAGUCCAACCUCACCGCGCACGUUCGUACCGCCCACGAGGGCUUCCGCUUCGUCUGCGGCGACGUCGACCUGUCCGGUGCAGACUUUGCGACAUGGACCAAGGACCAGGGCUGCGGCGACAAGUUCAGCACCAAGAGCAGGCUGGAAGACCACGUCCGCUUCAUCCACCUCGGCCACCAGCGGCCCAAGCUCUCCAAAUCGAACACCGGCUCCCAGCCCGACUUCAUCGACGACAUCUCCGGCGCCGCGACCCAGGCAAAGCAGACCAUUCCCUGCCCACACUGCGCCGAGGCGUUUAUUCGCUACCACGACCUGGACAUCCACGUGGGCAAGCGUCACGACCCCUCUCGCCGCGAUAUCACCCCGGACCCGUCCUCCUUCCUCGCUCAGUCUCACGGCGCGAUGGCCCCGGAGCAGCUGCCACCCUUCGAGCAGGAUUACGUGCAGUCAGCCUGGCCGCCGGACAUGCCGCACGAAGAAAUCUUUGCCGCGCGGAUGGAAUACGGCCCGCCGCAGGACGAUUGGCUCGAGGACGAGGCAAAUAUCCUACUCCUGGCGCGCGAGCCGCCUGGCACAUUGGACCACAACAUCGACCCGACCCUGGGCGGACUCUAGAAGUGGCUUUGACUAGACGGGCGAUACUGUCCAUGCGUUGUGCUUUGCUGUUUGCGAAAAUACCCCUUGGCGCAGGACUGUGCCCGCUACUUGAGCUGUGAUUUUUGGGCGGCGUUUUGGUUGGGAUUCUUGUAGAGUCGGACGAAACAGGGCAUGGGAAAGUUAACCAUAAUGACACGUCACGGUCACGUUAAGAGAACCUUCAAUGCUAAAAAAAACCGUACUAGUAUGGGGUACGAAAUGAUACCGCGAG